AUGCUUCAGGAUGGCAGCGACGAGCCGGGAACCUCGGCCUGCGCGGGCCUCGACGCCACGCUCUUCCACUGCAGGAAUGCUGAUGGCCUUCCCAAGCUGCUCUACGCGUCGCGCAUCCGAGACGGCAUCUGCGACUGUUGCGACGGAAGCGACGAGAAGGUUGGAAGAUCUUCUCCCUGCAGUAACACCUGCCAGCAAGAGAAGGUCGAGCGAGAAAGGCUGUUGGAGCGCCUGCAGAAGGGCCUGGAGAAGCACAAGGACCCGGUCAAUCCUGCAGAGACGGGAAAAGGUGGUGGAAAGGAGAAAGGGGAGAGCACGAGAUCCCCUGAGGCCAUAGCACGCCGACUUGCUCGUGGCCUAGCAAGACGCCUGCAGAGGGAGGCGGACAACGAAGAGGUAGCCUUGGAACAAGGACAGGAGCAGCCCGAGGCGCGUGAAACCAGAGCUGCUCCCGCGUUGAACCUCAGCUACCUGGAGGGACUUGCCUUGCAGGGUGGAAGCCAGCAAAACCUGGCCGCGAUCCCUGAGGCGAGGGAGUUCGUGGGUGACGAGAGGUCACUGUGGACGGGUGAGCCUAGGAACAAGGCUUCGGUAAACUACCGCCGUGCUCAGCAAGCACGGGACGCAGUUUUCAAAGGUACCCCUUUUGCUCAACGCUUUCUGGAGGACAGACCUGGAAGGCAAGCAAGGGCAAGCUUUGCGAGGGACGAGGCUGUUCGACGCGUGGCAGCAGGACCUACCCCCAGUUCCUCGUCAAGCACAAGUGCGGUAACUCACCGACAGGGAUCGGAGAGACAAAGUGUGGAGGAAGCGCCGACGCUUUCCCACGCACCAACAACAGAGUUCGAGUCAGUCGCUCCAACUCACCCUGCCACCAGCGUGUACUACAGCUCCGACGAGGAGGUUGAGGUCCAGGUGGAAGAGGAACCUGAGUCCUCAGUGACGCACCUUUCGGUGACAGAGGACACAAGCCCUGCAACAGCAACCUCGGCAGGAUCGUCCUCGUGGUACAACUCCAGGGCCGGCAGCGACAUCUGGAGGUGGCAGCGUGGUGACUGGGACAACUGGUGGGAGACCGAGACUUGGAAGGAGCGCAGGAGAGACCCGGGGGGCGACUGGUGGAUCCAAGGAACCAUACAUGACAAGUACCCUGGUUUGUUGAACUGGGCAAGCAAGCAGAAAGAGAGCAUUGACCAUGACAGUGAUGAUGUCACUCUUGAAGAUUUGCAAUUGAGUCAAGCGUUGUAUGCGAUUCUUGUCGGUUACUGUUCUGAGCAGACUCAGCAGCUGAUCACUCAGGUUCCUGACGGAAAUGGGCUGGAGGUGUGGCGCGUGCUGAGUAAGACAAACGAGCCGAGCAACCGAACGAAGAGCUGGGUGUGGAGAAGACAUCUCAUGAACCCUCAAUUCCCAAGUGACAUCAACAAAUGGUCUGAAGCCUUUCACCAGUGGGAGGCUGAGAUGAACGAGUUUGAAAAGCAGUUUCGAAAAGUAGAACCCGACGAUAAGCUGAGCGUUUUGGUUCAUGUUGCCCCAAAGGAAAUUCAGCAGAUGAUUUUCUUGCAUAGCAACACUUUGGACACGUACAGCAAAACCAAGGAGUACAUAGAACAGUACCUUACAUCCCGAAACCUUUGGAGGCGACCCCAAGGCUCGAGUUUUGGUGCGCCAAAGAAGUCUCAUGUUGAUGAUGGUGGCCCUGCCCCCAUGGACAUAGGAGCUGUAAAGGCAGGAAAAGGAAAAGGGGGCAAGGAGGGCAACAAAGGCAAGUGGGACCAAGGUGGGAACUCGGACAAGUGGGGCGACAAUCGCGGCUGGAGGGAUCGGGGUGGAAAGGACUCCGGAAAAGGAGACAAGGGUGGAAAAGGAAAAGGAGGAAAAGCAAGUGGUGGUGGCAAGCCAGGUGGAAAGGAUGCGGGGAAGUCUGGGCAUGACAAAGGAAAGAAGGACAAGACAAAUCAGGAGGCCCAGGCGUCCACGGGAGGUGUAGGUUCCAUAUCUGAGCAAGUCCACGAUGUGGAUCACAACAACAUGUUGUUUGCGGUGACGGAUCGCAUCUGUGGCGUGCGCGACCACAGUGAGGAUGUUUACAUGUUGAUCGACUCGGGUGCUUGUGAAAGUGUGGCGCGAAAUGGAGAGUUCAGUGACAACUUUGAGCCAAUGCCACAAGGGAAGCAACUCUUGUCAGUGCAAGGCACUGCGCUGAGAAUCUAUGGCAAGCAGUAUCCCAAGGUGAGGCUGGACGACGGUACAGUGGGCGAAGUGGACCUGACUGUCACCGAUGCCAGUGAAACUUUGCUCAGUGUACACAGCCUUGUCUACAAAGGGUUCGAGGUCACGUUUGGUCAAGAAGAGAGCUAUCUUAGCAAAGAUGGGCAGAGAUACCCAUUAGUGAAGAAAGGAAAGAGGUGGUAUCUGAAGGUUGAGAAACUAUCGCCCAGCGAGGCAGGCGUCACUGCGCAGCGCAUUGCAGCGCUGGAGGGUGCCACCUCAUCGUCUUCGCGAGCUCCAGUCAGCGAAAAGAAGCCAGUGGACUACUGGAAGACAGAGCGCGAUUUGGUCAUCCGUGUUCAUGUGGUGCCAAGGCUCAGGAAGUUUAGCCCUGCGGAUGCUGACGAUUGCCCAGUGAUCGUGGGCGACUUAGAACCAGUCAGAGCAACUGAGGCCAAGUGGGUGGAUCGGACAGCAAGCGAGAGCUUCGAGGAUCUCUGGUUUGGAGUCAAGAAUCCCAGAGAAUCUUUGCUGCGGUAUUGGACAGGUGAGACCAUCUUCAAGCUUAAGCCCCAGGAGGCUCAAGAAUCCCAACGAAUGGACUUGGAGGACCCGUUUGGCAAAGAUGACGAGGGAGAUGAGUUGGCCGACGAUGCGAUGACAUUGUGGGAACUCAAGGAGCGAGAAGAGGCGAAGCAACAGCCCAUCAUGGCAGAACCAGUAGAGCCAAGCCUCGAGGAAGUCGCUGAGCACGAGCUUCACCAUGCAAACUUUGAACCUUGGUGCAAGGUUUGUGUUGAAGGGCAGGGACGUGAGAAAGCACAUCGCCGACAACAUGAGGAUCCGAAGGAGCACAUCAUUUACAGCGACUACAUGUACUUCACAGCUGAGGGGAAGCAAAAGAACAAGGAGGAGGUUGAAAAGAGCAAGGACUCAGAGGAGUUGAAAGGUUUGGCGAUUGUUAUGACAGCGAUCGACAAGGACAGCCAAUGCCCCUUUGCAGUGCAGGUGCCUUCGAAAGGCACAAAGAGGAACAUGUACGCGGUCAAUGCAAUGGUGGACUGGAUAAAGGACUUGGGUUGGAAGAAAGUGACAAUUCAGAUCGACCAGGAAAGUGCACUGGCGAAGGUGUUCGAGCAGGUGCAGCAAAGGAUGGGUAUGGACGUGGUGGCAUUGAGAAGGAGCCCGAGGUACUCUUCCCGAAAUUUGGCAGACGGUGAGAUGGUCAAUGGACUCAUUGCUGGCAAAGUAAGGACUUGGGUGGCCAGUCUCCGGGAUAACUACAGCGAGCAAGUGAUACAAACCACGGACAUCCUGUUUCCUUGGAUUGUGAGAUUUGUGAGUUGGUCGUUGCCGAGGUUCCACGUGAACCAGUCCCGAACAACACCAUUCCGAGUGCUCAAGGGUUACGACUACAUCUCGGAAUGCCUUCCUUUUGGUGAAUGUGCGCUUGGAAAAUAUUCAGCGAAGAAGUCUGGGGUCAAGAGUGCUUCCAGAUGGGUGUGUGGGAUCUACGUCGGAAAGACCGCUAGCUCCGAUGAACACAUCCUGUUGACGAGUGCAGGAGCUCAGACGUUUAGAACUAUCAGGAGGAUGACACACGGAAGGCGUUACCAAACGAGUAUCUUGGACAAGACAGCGGGAGUUCCUUGGAACACGGUGUACAAGGCCGACCAGCGCAAGCCAGAGGAGAUCAGGAGCAAAGUGACAGCGCAGACAGCGCCAGAGAUGAGUGAUCCGGAGUAUGAGCCGACUGACAUCGAGCCAGCUGCAGACGAGCCUAAGACCAUGGUAGUAGUGCCGCCGGUGCCCGCUCCAAGCGUGCACCUGACGCAAAAGGAAGCCGAGGAUGCAGGCGGCGUGGCGCGACAGAUUGACGCAGACAUGACCAACGCGGACGAGGCGAAAAGGACAACAGCAAUGCCGAGCCGCUCUGGAAAAGUCAGGAGAACAGAGGCCACAGCAAAGGCAAAGUCAGAACCAGCGUCAUCAGCCGCAGCAGCCUCAAGGGCAGUGCCAGGAGAGGUAAGCAGUGAAGACAGCAGUUCAUCGAGCUCUAGUUCGCCCACCUCGCGGUCGAGGUCGAGACACUCAGGAAAUGAGGAGAACACAGAGAAGCCAGAGUUAGGAGGUGAUGUAGGAUCUCCUAGCAAGGAAGUGGGCGACACCCAGGGUUUAAGCACACCUGUGGGUGCUACCACAAUGGAAGACACAGUGAGCGCAAUCUUGGAAGAAACCGAGGAGAGAGAUCAGAUAUCUUCGGUGGCGGACUACUUGGACGCGUGCGUGGUGGAUGAAGAGGCUAGGCACAAGGCCCGACUCGAGGAGAUCGAGAAGCUGGAUGAGAUGUUCAAGGCUUUCACGCCCCGCGAUCGUAGGGCGUUGCCGAAAGAAAUAAAAGUGUUUGGACAUUGUUGGGUGGACAAGGUGAGCAGUGGCAUAGCCAAGUCACGACUCACCUGCCAAGACUUCAAGCGAAACAAUGGUGCAGACAAGAACUCAUCAGAAGGACAAAACAACUUUUGCCCAUCUCCAGGACACAGCACAACCAAGAUGCUGGAGGUAUACAGCCUCUACCACAACUUUCCGAGAGUGAAGGCGGACCUCACGUCAGCCUUUCUCAUCGCCCGAGAUGGAGGCGACGAAAAGGGGCAACCGGUGUGUAUGAAGCCGCCAAGAGAGUGGCUGGACAACCUGGAGGUGUGGCUAUCCAGACAGCCAGCAGACAAGCGAGAUGAAAUCGGAAGCAUUCCAAAGGAACACUUGGUGUGGCAAGUGGAUGGCAACAUCUAUGGGAGGCAACCAGCCGCCAGCCAGUACAGAGACAGGCUGGAUGAAAUACUUGUAAGCAAGUUGCCCAAGGAUCGGUAUGACUUCGUCCGAGGCCGGUUGGAUGGAUGUGUGUUUAGGUGCACGAAGACAAAGAUUGCGGUGAUACACCACAUUGACGACUUUGCCGUCACCGGUCCAGAAAAUGACUUGGAUGAUCUUCUGAAGGUACAGUUGCCCAAGCAUGGGUGCAAAGUGAAAGUGGGAGAGUUUGAAUGGCCAGAAAAGCAUGGCAAAACAAGCUCAGAGUUUCUGGGACGAGAGAAGAUCAGUGUGGAAGGAACCGUGUUGACUAAGCCCAAUGCCAAGCACACCGACAACAUCCUCAAACUGUUGAACCUCGAGAAUGCAAAGAGCAGCCCAGUGCCCGGGAGAAAAUUGGAUCUGGACAACAACAGCGAGCAAUUGUUGGACGAGAAAGAGAAGAAGAUUUUCCAAUCGUGUGUAGGUAGUGCGAUCUACUUGUCCCAGGACAGGAUCGACGUGAAGUUCGCUGUGAAAGAGUUGGCGCGUCGAAUGAAAGAUCCGCGGAAGGCUGACAUGGCGAACCUAAAGGUGCUGGGGCGAUAUCUCAAAGGGACACGAGAUCUGGGACACCUAACAAAGGUGGAGGAUCUCGAAAGCUCAGCCGCAGGAGAGCGGGAGCUACCGCUGCACGCUUACUGUGACAGCGACUAUGCGGGAGACACAGAGUCAAGGAAAUCUACCUCAGGCGAGGUUCUUGUACUUGGUGGGACAGUGGUUGAAGCAAACUCGACUACUCAGUCGGGGAACCCAGCGACAAGCUCAGGCGAGGCAGAGUUGAGAUCGUUGAAUCACUGCGCCCAGUCAAGUAUGUACAUUCAGAACUUAGCUAGGUACGAUUUUGGCCUUCCGGUCUCCACGCCUCGCAUUUGGUGCGAUUCAUCAGCAGCCUUGCAAGCAGCCAAACGAAUAGGUGUGGGAAAGAUGAGACACAUUUCUUUGGCACAUCUGUACAUCCAAGAAUUGGUGAAAACAAAACAGGCGAAGAAGUCAGACAAGCCUGUGAACUCACAGGGAUGGUCCAACUCAGCAAAGCUGGCAUGGACGAGCAGGUAA